AUGUCACAGUCGGCCUCUGAUGACGGAGAUUUGCUCGUCACAAAAGAUAUUGGCUUACCGAAGCUGGAGGACACGUUCACUCUAAACCAGCUGGCGCACAAGAAAGAUCUUGAAGCACCAAAAUGUAAGGUUUCAUUUUAUUUUCUUGGAGACUAUUUUAAUUCGUAUGGAUUUCACACUUAUUUAUCUGGAGAAAACAGUCAGUAA